AUGUCAUCACGGGGACGCUGCAGCGGUUAUAAGUGUGAGAAACAGUCGAAUUACUACUACAUCACCAUCCUGAGGGACCCAGUUUCCCGCUACCUGAGCGAAUGGAGGCAUGUCCAAAGAGGAGCCACCUGGAAGGCCUCGUUGCACGUCUGCGAUGGACGCUCACCCACCUCUGAGGAACUUCCUAGCUGUUACUCGGGGGACGAUUGGUCCGGCUGUUCCCUGCAAGAGUUCAUGGACUGUCCCUACAACCUGGCCAACAAUCGCCAAGUCCGCAUGCUGGCAGACCUGAGCCUGGUGGGCUGCUACAAUCUGUCCGUCAUGCCAGAAGAGCAACGGAACAAGGUCCUCCUGGACAGCGCCAAGGAGAACCUCAAGCGCAUGGCCUUCUUUGGCCUGACGGAGUUCCAGCGGAAGACCCAGUACCUCUUUGAGAAGACCUUCAACAUGAACUUCAUCUCGCCCUUCACCCAGUACAACAGCACAAGGGCUUCCAGCGUCGACAUUGACGAGGCCACCCAGCAGCAGAUCGAGGCCCUCAAUUUUUUAGACAUGGACCUCUAUGAUUAUGCAAAAGACCUUUUCCUCCAGCGGUACCAGUUCACGAGACAGAAGGAGCACCAGGAAGCCCGCCGGAAGCGGCAGGAGCAGCGGAAGAACUCACGGGCCAAGCAGGGCCACAGCAGAGAGCAGGACGGCCGAAACGCAACCACAGAUUACAUUGGAAACGUGGAACAGUGGCGAUAA